AUGGCCACCACAGACCCCGCCCAGUCCACUCUGUACCCCAAGAUUACGACACACAUUCCCGAGAUCAUCGAGCAGCUGCGGCGCAUGAACCGCGACCCUGCCCAACCAGAAGCAAACAUCAUUGUGGACCCUAUGCCUUUCAUCGGUACAGUCAAACUUCAUGGCACGCACGCAGAUAUCCUCGUAUACCCUGAUAACCGCAUCGUCUUCCAGUCGCGCAACAUAACUGGUUUGUCUGUCGGAAAAGAUAAUCAAGGGUUUGCGGCAGAUAUGUCAGAAAAGACCGCAGCCGUACUUGGACUGCGAGAUGUGUAUCUGGCACGAUGGAAAGAGUUGAAUCCUGGCGCAAGAUUUGGAGAAGACUCACCCGUUGUCAUGGCUGGAGAAUGGAUAGGCGAUAAGAUCCAAAAAGAUGUCGCCAUUGCGCAACUAUCACGUCGCUUCGGCAUCGUCUCGGUUAACAUCAAUGGUACAUGGCAAAAAGACGAAGAGUACUCUGAUAUCUCAUUGCCGGACUACGAUAUAUACAAUGCCUCUAGAGCUGGCGUCUUCCACACAACACUCUACCCUGACGACUACGAACGCACAGUAUCAGAGAUCGAACGCAUGACCGAGGAGGUCGCCGCUCACUGCCCAUUCGCAGCAACUUUCGGUAUAUCCGGCUUAGGCGAAGGCAUUGUCUGGAAACCUGUAGCUCCUCGAUACAACGCCGACACUUCUCUAUGGUUCAAAAGUAAAGGAGGGAAGUUUAAACCUACUUUCUUCCGCUUUCCGAAACAUCAUGAAGGCGCCGAUGUCAUCAAAGAGCGAAGAAAAGCAGCCGCAACGGUAGCAGCUGCAUGGUGUUCACAGCAGCGGUUAGAGCAAGGCUGGGAUGUGCUCCGUGAAAAGGGUAUUGAGAGGGUUGUGAGGGCACUAGGCGACUUUCUGAAGUGGAUUCAACAUGAUAUCUUGGAGGAAGAGAAGGGACAUAUCAAAGAGCAUGGUGUGGACGAAGCGGCGCUGAAGAUUGAGAUUGCUAAAAUUGCUAAGCCGUGGUAUAGGGCAAAGCUUAGGGAGUGCGACGCCAGGUGA